CACCAAUUCAUACCACACAAAAAAUCCUCACUUCCCCUCACACCUCACACUAUUAAAAUCAAGCCCUCUUCUCUUCUUCUUUUGAUCCCCCUCCAACUCUCAAACUAGACCAGAAAGUAAAAGGAAAAAUCCUUAUCCCAUGGCUACUGUCACCUCUGCAGCUGUCACCAUCCCAUCGUUCACAGGCCUUAAGGCAGCUGGUGCGGCCAAAGUGAGUGCCACAGCUAAAGUCUCAUCAGUCUCUCCAGUCCCAAGGCUUAGCAUUAAGGCUUCACUCAAGGAUGUGGGUGUUGCUGUUGCAGCCACUGCUGCAAGUGUAAUGCUUGCAAGCAAUGCCAUGGCUGCUGAGGUCUUGCUUGGUGGUGAUGAUGGGUCAUUGGCCUUUAUUCCCAGCAACUUCAGCGUGGCCCCUGGAGAGAAGAUAGUGUUCAAGAACAAUGCAGGAUUCCCCCACAACGUUGUUUUUGACGAGGACGAAAUUCCCGGUGGUGUCGAUGCCGGAAAGAUCUCCAUGAGUGAGGAGGACCUCCUCAAUGCUCCAGGAGAGACAUACGCUGUGACCUUGACUGAAAAAGGAAGCUACACUUUCUACUGCUCACCCCACCAGGGAGCUGGGAUGGUGGGAAAAGUUACUGUUAAUUAAGUUUGUUUGAACACUCUCUGUAAGGAUAAUUUCAUAUUUCUCUUUUUAAACUUUUUUGGGAGGUAGUAGAGCUCAAUAAUCAAUGUUGGGAACGUGAGGGAAUGUAUGAUUGUAUGUUGUGGACCAAUAUAAAUGCUUUGGUGUUUUUUCAUUUUCUUCA